AUGACUUCCUUGUUAAACAUUCUUUCCAUCCUACUCAUCACAGAAUUUGUUGGAGGGAAUGUUGCCAAUGGCUUCAUAGUGUUGGUGAACUGCAUUGACUUGCUCAAGAGACACAAACUCUCUGCUGUGGAUUGGAUUCUCAUGGCUCUGGUGCUCUCCAGAACUGGCUUGCUCUGGAUAAUACUGAUGAAUUGGUAUGCAAAAGUGAGAAUCUUUGCUCACUUUGUCUGGAUCACAACCCAUCAUUUUAGCACCUGGCUUGCAACUUGCCUCAGCAUAUUUUACUUGCUCAAGAUCGCCAAUUUCUCUAGCUUUCUGUUCCUUUAUUUGAAGUGGAGAGUUAAAAGUGUCAUUCUAACAAUUCUCUUGGGGAGUCUGGUCUUUUUGGUUUCAUAUCUUGCAGUGGUAAAGAGGGUAAUGACAAAUAAAGUAAACAUGACUUGGAAUUUCAAAUCAUGGGGCUUUCCACAAGUUUGGAAUAUGAGUGCAUUUACACUAGGAAGUUUCAUCUCCUUGGUGAUGUCCCUGAUAUCUUUUGUGUUGCUAACAUUUUCCAUGUGGAAACAUCUCAGGAAGAUGCAAUGUAGUGGCAACGGAGCCCAAAAUUCCAGUUACAAAGUCCACAUUAGAGCCCUGCAAACGGUCUUCUCUUAUAUCUUGCCUCUUACUGCUUAUAUCCUGGCUCUAAUGAUCUCAGUCUGGAAUUCUAAUAGCCUGUCGAAUAAACCAGUCAUCCUGUUUUGCCAGACUCUUGGAGUUUUGUAUCCCUCGAUUCAUUCAGUUUUCCUGAUUUGGGGAAAUAAGAAGCUGAAAGAGGCCUUUCUGUGGUUCCUGUGGCAGCUAAUGUGCUGGCUGAGAGAAAGGGAGUGA